GGCGAACGAUCGUCACUCGACAUUUCUCGAGCAAAAUUGUUUAUCGUGUGUAAUAUAUUUGCUUGGUCUUCGUCUCAUCGAUCGUUGUUCAUUUUAUUUCAGCUUGUCUGCAAGGUAUUUUUACUAUUUUUAAAAUUCUCAAAACAAAGAAGUUCUUCGUAAAUUCUAGGCCUUUCUAUCGGGUGAUAAUAUUUAAUUGAUUUUCAAAUACAAUAUUUUGAACGAGCAUCAUCGUGUCAAACGAGACAAAUUGGAACAACACCGGUGAGUAUGUUGUACUAUUAAACAAGAAUACACAAUCAAAGUAAGAGAUUAAGUAUUAGACUGGGUUUUAUAUUAUUUACUAUACGUUUCUUGGUAGUAAUUUUUCAUUUCAUUUGUGUUUAUGCAUUCGUCAUAAUUGUGAUUAAUGCAACUGCCUAAAAUGACUCGUGUACUUGACUCGUGCCACUUCAGGCUAGGGCAGGAAUUGAUUGUGGUUGUGUUUCUUUUCCAGCUUUUUGCGAUCAUUUUUUGCACGAAGGGAAGUCUUUGUUCGACGAAAGGACUCUGUGGUUGGAUAUAUACUCCCUUUCUUUAUACUCCGGAAGUCAGGCAAAUAUACCGUAUUCAAUUUAUUCAAAUUUAGUAUUAGAAAUCCUUGACCAAGCGUCGGUGUUCAACGUUGAAAUUGGUCGCAUUUUGUAGCUAUUUCGAAGUAAUCUGGGAAUUGUCAUGAAUGGCUGUGUCUGUGUUCAUGGUCAAGACGUAUUAAACAGAAAUCCAUUCUAUCCAAUGGCCAAGAAUGAUACAUCAUCAUCUAUUCCGAAUGGCGAUGAGCCAUCAUCACCUUGCCGAGACGAAAUGUUCUCUGUCAGAUCAAGAAUUUUAAAGACACCCGCAAAGAACAGUAAUGCAUCUGUAUGUAAUGGUACUAAUGGAGAUUUAGACAAUUAUAUAGGAGAAGAAAGUAGUGGGGUGUAUUUUGCAAAAAAACUUGAUGAGGUGGAACAAAGAAUAUCAAAAUUGUGUUUUGCUGUUCAAUUACAAAUGUGGGAGAACAGCCCCCCUGAGGAAGGUAUGUUUAGAAUAGGAAGUCACAAUUUACCAACUGUAAAGCCCUGGUCAAACAAGGGAGUUGACAAGAGUUGGCAAGUAAGUGUUUGUUUGACUCUCAUGCCCCGGUCAAAUGAGAACAAGAGUAGCAUGACAGUUGAUGAGAGUUGACUGGAUAUUACCAUUCAUGGCAAGGACUCUCAUCAAUUCUCAUUAAAAUUUAAACCAGCUCGAAGUUGAUGAGUGUUGAUGAGAUAUCCUUGUUUGGCCUGGGCUUAAGUGAUGUCAAUAAUAUUUCAAUGCAUGCACAAACUAUGAGGCACAAGUAAUACAAUUUGGUUCCAUAAUUCCAUGUAUUUUCAUCAUUAAAAGAUACUAUAUCCUGGUUUCGGUCUGAGCUUUGGUACACAUGUGAGGUGCCACAAAUAUGCAAUAGUGCUUUUGGUUACCUAGACUAGUUGAAAAAUAACUGGUUGGAUACCAAAUAUUGUUUUUAAAAUGUUCAGAUUUUCUUUUCCUGUCAAGUAAUAAAUUAAAUUGGUCAUAAAGUAGGGGUAUUCUACAUAUUUCAACUUUAAAUGAUUGGAAAUAAAUUUACAGCUGAUGAAUAUUGUUGAAUACAUGGGAAGCUCACCCGAGUGUGAUCUGCAUGCUCUUUGUUAACACAUAUAUAGUUCAGUUUGCAUUCAUAUGAAAAACAAGCCUAGUGAAAUCUCAUGGUCUCAGUCAAGUGGGAUGAAAUUUUCAAUAUGAAUGCACUUGACUGGGAUGGAUGUUUCUUGCCAAUUUUGACCUAUAAUGUAGUAUUGGACAAUAUAGUUGGAAAAUGCAAGCAAGAAAUAAACAUUAGACGUGAACAGACACUACUGGUAUUAAAGAUGUAAUACAAGGUUUUUGCAAUAUUUCAAAGACGUCAUGUUUAAAAAAUUGUAGUGGGACAUUAGGUUUGAUAGAAACAGAAUUCAUCCCACUCAGGUGAACUUCUCUGCAAACUGUGUUCAUAUGAAAAAUCCCUAUUGCAUAAUCGCAAAACAUGCUUGCAAAACCUUUCUCAGGUGUUGCCCUGACAGAAACCAAGGUGCUUGAUAAAUAGUACUCCUAAUUCAAGGAGCUGUUUCCAUGCACCUACUAAAACAUUCAAUAAUAUGUCUGCCUCAUGUAUUGUACAGUACUUAUUACAUGGCUGCUUGUACAGUAAUAAUGCUUAACAUUUCUUGUCCAGACCAUGUAGGCUCAACCGAGAGUCUUUCCAGGGAAGGCCUGCUUUCUCCACAAAAGCUCACAAUGUAAUUUCAAAAGCAUGUUAAGUAAUCCCAUGUUGGACUCCUAAAAAACAGCCAAAAUUUUCCUACAAUCAUUUCAAUUAUGGUAAACCUCUUUUGUACAAUUGUACCAUUAUAUACCAAAUACUGUACCUUAACGUUUUUAACCUUAAAAGAAGGCCAGGGACUGUGUGGAUAAUACUGUAUGAAGAUGCAUGUUAGAUUUUCAUACAGUAUUAAUUCUGGUAGAUGUUUGUGCAAUAUCCUGGUAUAUUACCACACAAUUCUAUGUGCAUGUUUCUUAUAAAAACUGAUAUAAGCAUGCAAUGGCUACCAAUUGCUUGCUUUCAAUAUACCAUAGUUUUGGCUGAGAAAUGUAUGUGUUUUAUGGCUGAAACACAGAUCUAUGUUUAAAUUUACAGAUCUACACAGUUCUAUUGAAGUGUGUGUUAUGCUGAACAUUAAACUUAUAUACAGCAAUGGUAUCAUUGGCAUACAUACUGUACAUUAGAAUUUGAGUUGUCUACCCUGUCUCCCAAUUAUUUUGCAGCUGCAAAUUUUAUUUCACAAACUAUUUUUAUCACUUGGCACUUACAUACUUCAACACUCUCUUCAAUGUCCAUCAACAACUAGAGUUUCUACAGCUGUAUGUGUGGUGUUUGAAUGUUUGCAAACUUUCACAUGUCUACAAGAUUGUUUUGUGUAAUUGGGAUCCAAGAACUGGAAUUUACUCCAAUUAAAAGGGUGGAUCCGCCCAGGCUUUCAUGGUUGAAAAACCUUUUGCUUUCAUUGCUAGCCGGCUAUCUUUUAGUGACACACACUGUAUGCAUGAUAUUGAUUUUAUAUUUCACACCUUUUUAACCAUUUUCGUUUUUGUAUCAAUUAUUCAUCAGAACUGUAUAUGCAUGGGAGCAGUAGCCUAACUGUAUGUUUUCUUGUUUUUAUUCAGUUAAGGGUAAAAUAAGAGCUGCAACUGGAAAGGCUAGACUUCUUUUGUCAAGCAAAUUUAAGCAAUUUAAAGACUUAUGUGACCUGAAUGCAGUAAGUAAAUAUUUUUCUAAAUUUACUAAAAAUCGCUGCUGUACAUGAAAAUAGACAUAAAUAAAUUGAAAGUAUUGUACUUAUUAAGUUAUCCUAUGUUUAUUUUGGUGCAUUGUACUGAGUACUCUUUUUUACAAAUGUCUUCUAAUAAACCAUUGAAAAUUUGGCCCAUAAGCUCAGUCUGUUAAAUGCUAACAGGAUUUUUUUUUGAAGGGUCUAAUAACUUCUACUGAUGGAAAAAUACCAACUAAGACUGAUUUAGAAGGUUUUUGGGAUCUAGUUAUGCUUCAGGUUUGAAACUAUAGCCUAGUACUGUAUUCUAUACCCAAUUAAAUUCCACGUUAUUUUUAUGUGCAAUUUUGUGGCCAAUAUUUUUGUCACUGAUGAUUAUUUUAAUUUGCUUCUUUUUUGCAUUUUACAAAAGUAAUGAAGUUUUUAAAAUCCUUUUAGGUUGUAGAUGUUGAUUCUCAUUUUGAAAAGAUUGAAAAAUUGCGAAAAAAUAAUUGGAUAGAUGUAGAACCUGAAGAACCUAAGGUAUGUAAACAAGAGUACUGUGAAGAUAGUCAGGGACACCGGAACUGGGGAGGGCAGGAGGGGCAGCCGCCCCCGUUGCCCUUUACCAGGAGGGGCAAGGGGGCAAAGGUGCCCUUUCUGCCAUUUCAAUUUAAAGGAUUGCCUUAGCGAAAUAGCAAAUUGUCAGAAAUGUUAGUGCAAUUCUUUUACGAAUUUGCUUCAGAAAACGCAAGAAAUGCAGUCAUCCAGCUUCAAGAAUAGCACAAUCGCCUGGCGGAGAACUCCCUCACACCCCUAUCAUCCAAUAAAUAGAAAACAUGAUUAGGCGAAGUUCAACUCCUGAUGUUUUACAAACAUCUCUUAGUAUAUAUCAAUUCAAAAGUGCCCUUUCACGAAAAUCUGCCCCCUUUGCCUUCACAUCGUUCCGGCGUCCCUGAAGAUAGUGAUGAAUUUCAAAGUGAUUUUUCAACUUUAGUAAAAAUGCCUAAAAAGAUGAAAAACUAUGGAUAUUUAAUACUAAACUCUAAUCUUGGUUAUAUAAUCAAUUAUAAACUUUAGCAAGUUUGUCAAAAUCACGAUCUAGUGAUUAGUUUUAUCUAACCCUCGUACAAGUGACCCCUGGUUAAGCCUGGCGCACAUUAGGGCUAUGUUUUUAGCAAUAUUUCACUUGUGACUACUUGCAUAAGUAUAAAUUCCCCAAGUGUGCAUUGACGUUUUGAGACUUUUUCUUCACGCGUGCCAUCGGCGCCGAAUAUUCAACAUGUCGAAUAAUUUUUAGUACGAGUGACGAUUUCUUCUAAGUCUGCGCACAGGGAAAGCAAACCGCUUAUACUGUAAUAUGCGAAUACGUAUGCGUAUUCGGCAACGACAGCACCAACCACGCCAGGUUCCAUAUACAGGCUCCAAAGCGUGUUUGGGAGAGAAGUGGAAGUAGAGAGCCUGGCUAGGCGAGGUUGCUACAACACUACUCGCCGACAUUUUGAUUUGUAAGACGCGAAUAAUACGCAUGUGUAUUCGCAUAAUAUUUGAAGGAAAUCGUCUCUCGUGCUAAAAAUUAUUCAACAUGUUGAAUAUUCAGCGCCGAUGGCACGCGUGAAGAACUCAAAACGUCUCCGCACACUGAGGGAAUUAAUUUGCUUACUUAAAUAGUCGCGAGUGAAAUGUUGUAGUGUGCGCCGGACUUUACGUUUGAUUCUGAUAAACAUGAUCACCAGAGAUUUAUAGUCCACUGAAAAUUUUCAAACGUAGUUUCUGAUUAGCUUAAAAAUCCAAUAAAUAUAUUACAUUAUCGUAUAUUUAUCAAUAAAUUGAGCUGGUUUUGGUCGGAACUACCUGACCCAAACAACGAUACAGUAAUUUAUUUUAGAAUAGAAUACUAAGCUAACUCCAUGGACCCUCAAGUUUAAGAUAUCUUCUUUCUAAUUUCGCAAAAAAAUUAUGAUAUAUAGACACCAAAAAGUCCUACGCCAAAAGGCGGCAAAAUUUCUCCGAAGAAAAAGAAUUCACAGACCAGGGCAAAUGCAUCCUCUAACUCCGCAAAGAAAUCUUCAAAAGAAGGAGAAGCUAAGAAAAGACAAGAAGCAAGAAAGCGGUUGGCGGAAGCCAAGAAAGCAGCCAGAAAACGACUUGUACAAAGUCCUUCUAGUGAUGGUGGAGACGUUAUAAUAUGCUCCACCCCGCCAAGAAAACCAGAAUCGUAAGGUUUCUAACAUAAUAUUAUAGCGGCUGCAUGGCUGCGUCAUGCACCUUGCUUGGUGCGAUUUUAUCUUAAUUUUAUUUGUUUGCUUGUGAGCAAUUUUGCUUGGACAGCACAAUUUUCUGCACACACCAAAAGUAAACAAUCCUGGUUAAUUUGCAGUGUUAGGUAGGAAAAUUACAGCGCGCCGAGGCGCUGUGAGGGAAGUACAGUAUACGUUGCCCAGUCAGUUUUCACAGAAAAUAAUUUUUUGUCUUAAAAAAAUUCCCUAAAAUUUGGAAAAGAUUCGAGUACACUUGCCACAUCUAUUAAGUGCUGUUUUUGUCCUGAUUUUAAACCUUUUGGAGGUAUAACGUGCAACUCGCCCCCCCCCCCUUUCCCACGCGCUAGCAUGUGUAGGUCUCAGAGCAUGACUAUAGUCAAAUAAAAGUCCCUUAUAGUCUCGCCACUGAUUGCCCUGACAAUUUUUUACUUCAUCACACAAACUAACAAAUAAAAAUGAGAUUGCAACUUAGUGUUUCCCAAUCAUCGAGAUGAUUUUUUAUUCAAUUACAGUAUGUGUUCUAUCCUGAAAAGAGAGUUAUUUAUACUGUGAGGGUAAUAAAUAUGUUUUUUGCUGCAGUGAAAGCGAUAUAACUGUAGCAUAAAGGUGGUUUUCACUAUCAAUAUUUCUGUGAUCCCAGAAGUUUUGAAGAAUUUGUAAGACUGAAUGUUUGAGAAAACGUAGAAUUUACCAAUGUAAAAUUCGUACUGUGAUCACAGAAACUUUGCAUGAUAGUGUAAACCAACCUGAAUAUAUUAUAGUGUAUACAAUAGAUCACGAGGGUGUGAUCAUAUAGAGUAUUUUAUAAAUUCCUAUACGGAGAAUAUAUAAGUUUUUUGCACAUCUUGCACGGGGUGGGGUAUACUCGCGUAUAUCGAUGACUUGGAGGUGCGUAUAUUUUCGAUGUGUAAUCGGCGGACUUACUUUGUUUCGAAAGGACCUUUUUAGGUUGAUUAAAAGCUUGACUGGCCUCCCCACUUUAAGCUAAAAACGUAGUUUAUUGUCAUAUACUGUACUAGUCUUAAGUCGGUUCGUAGGUCGACUUGACAUCAAAUGGCACGUUCUGUGUUCUGUGACCGGAGCGUUCUGUGUUCUGUGAACGAGGUCGUCAUAACAUGUAACAGGUCGUUAUAAGAUUUCAAAUGCAUGGCAAACUGUUGGACUGUUUUAUCAUCCACUCGUGUUUUAUAAUAAAACUGUCAAUAUUUAUACUAAGAUAUUUUGUCUUAAAGGAGAGCAGCUGCAAAGCAUGCGAAAACUAAUUGUCGAUUGCAUGUUGAAAUGAAAAUUGCAGUUCUAUAAUGAUGAUUGAACAGUGGAAUACCUUGAUAUCCAAACUCAGCUGCAUGUCAUGACGAUUCAACCGCAUCCUUUUCCCGACGCAAAACGCGUCAUUUGGAUGCGCAUUCGGCAGUCCAAACCUCCCAGUCGGAGCUAGAGUACACCCCACCCUAGCCUGCGUAGCAGGCGUUCAUUAAUUUGCUUGCGGGCGAAUAAACGCUUGCUACGCAGGCUAACCCCACCCUGAUCGCACGUGUCAGCAGAUUGAUCAGAUAUCUAUAUUAAGAACUUUAUUUUAAAUUUUAUCAUAUGAAAUUUUGUAGGUUAUUAUAGUAUGUAGGUUGCUGGUAUAUUGUGCCAGUACACGCAAGGAUUGUACUGCAAACAAAAACACAACGAGAAUAUAAAUCUUAAAUAUUUCGGGCUAAUAUUGCCUUGCGCUGAGGGCCAGUUUAUAUGGUCUGGCUUUGCCGAGUUGAGAGGUGUGAUAAUUUUGAUGAAGGGUGUACUGAAAUACAUCACGGUUCGUUAUCGAGAGGAAUUGUGGUUUUCUUAGCUUGUAUAAAUUGCAACAUAUUCCGCGAAAAUGGAUAAUAAUUUUACUGGAUGUAAGUCAAACGAUGUGAUCAUCUGCUGGCAAAGCUGAUCAUAUAAAUAAUCCUCGAAGUCAUAUGGAAAAUAAUAUUGUAUUUAAAGACAAUACUUAUAAUAAAAUUUUAUUUAUAAUCAAUAA